UGGAGGUGUGUGUGCAGUCGGAGUGUCUGCAGCAGGCACAGGCAGUUGGGCUUUGCUAAGGCAGAGAAAUUUUCUUCCUUCAGAGAUCAAUAAUAACAACAAUAAACCAAGGUAGCAGCAGAGGUUGGCUAUUUGGAUUUCCCUGGAUUUCUUAUCCAUGAAGAGUAGAAACCAAAGAAGGGAGGAGGAAGGACGGUGAUUGUGAAAUGUGGUUUUCUUUUUCCUGAACUGCCAGUGAGCUUGGGACACCUGAACCUGCUAUGCCAACUGAACUCUCUCACGUAGUGAGAAUGCAUGCCAUCUCCGGCUUCCAUUCCUCACUGACAGUGCGGCUUUUCAACAAGGGUCCAGAAUACCUUCGCAAACAGAUGGAGGCAGGCAACCCAGGCCGGAAGAGUGCUGUGGAACGACUGGCAGCAGAUAAGGCCAAAUAUGUCAAAAGCCAGCAGGUAAUCAACACGAAGCAGGAGCCGGUCAGUACACUCAGCUCAGCUUCUGAGAGCACCAGCAGCAGCCAGAGCAGCUCCAUGGAAAGCAAGAAAGUCAGCAACCAUCUGCCUGAGGAGAGACGUCCCAUGUCAAAAGUGAACAGCACCAUGGAUUCUGACCCUCUUGCCCUCGAGCCAGGUGGCCCUCCGAUAGUGAGGCGCAGCAGUGCCAAGAGGCUGAUCAGGCCAGACUCGUUAGUGAUCUAUCGCCAGAAAUGUGAGUUUGUAAGGGGACAAAGCCAUGACAGUGCUCGUGGGAGUUUAGUCAGAAGGCUGUUCCAGGGCUCCGUCAAGGAAAAACAGCUGGCUUCUGAGGCAUCCAAAGUUGUUAUUAAGGAAGGUAUUGCACUUGAAACAGAAGGAUCUGUUUUGGUCAAAGAUCCGGGCCAUGACCUUGAUCCAACAAGACACAAUGAACCCCCGAAAACAGGCCCAGCAGCCAUUCUCACCAGGGGAUGUGAGAAUGCCUCAGAUUUGACCACAGCCCCUUAUGAAGUAAAGCGGAAAGGUCUGCAUCGGUCCCAAUCGGACAUUAGUUCUCGGUAUUCAAAAUCUUUCUCUGAGUUUGACAUUUUCUUUAAGUACUGCGGCCUUGAACCCGAGGUAAUAGAAGACCUUGGCAAAGAGAACUUUUCUGUGGCUUCUGACAACUUCUCCUUCCGGAUCCGCAGCAUCAGCAUGGCAACGUCAGAAAGCGACUUCACGAGGCACAGUGGCGACGAUGGCCUCCUGGAAGAAGAACUCACAGAACAGGUCCCGACCGGCACAUCAGUGAUUGAACGCAAUGCUCGGAUAAUCAAAUGGUUGUACACAUGUAAGAAAGCCAAGGAGGCUAACACCGUGCUAUAGGACUUUGCAUGACAACUGCCUACUUCAGAAUACAUUGUAGCCAGAAUGAACUUCCUAAGAUGGAAUCUUACAGCAACAUGGCAGAACACGGACUUGCAGCAAUCAUUUCUACCACUCUUCUUCAUCUGUGUGAGUCCCAUGAGACAACUGAACUGCAAACUGAAGCUGGGAAUCAAUACUAGCUUACUAGCUCCUGGAAAAGAAGAAACAGCCAUAGCAAAGGAGCAAAGAAUUGGAAGUCAGUGCCAACAUAUUGAAGGGAACAGGGAUGGUGGUACGCGCAUGAAGAAUUUCUCUGAUGCACAGUCUUUUAGCAAAGCAGAAAACCAGAGCUGGUAUCCUCUGAGUGUUGUUUUGCAGAAGACGAUGUUCUAGAUUAGUAUCACUUCUAUAAGAGCAAAUUGCAUGUUCACUCUUAGGUAUGAGGAACAUGCGUGUCCAUUUUGUUGUGUGUUCUCAUGAUGGUAAACUGCACUGAGCUGUGGUGUCCUAAUGAUUAGGCAUAUCAAGUGUACGUCUAGCAAAAUCACCAUCUACAUGUUGCUUUUCAACAUGGGAAUUACCUUUUAUGUGAAGUAGCCCUGAGGGUGGGAAUCCAGUGAUAAAGCCUCCACCUUUGUUUCUAAUAGAAAACUGCUUGCCUAACCGAUUAUAUGACUCUCAGGCCUAUACUGGUUUAUCCAUUCUUUAUAGACCAUGAGGAGAUCCCUCACAGACUACUCCUUUUUUAAAAUAUAACACAAGGAACCCAAGAUUCAUAGGUAUUUAAACUAUGUUUUUAAAGAGUUAUCUCUAAGAAGGCCUAAUCUAGAUAAAAUUGGGACACCGGAAAAAUGCAAUGGAACGGGCUCCUUUGGGAGGAAGGGCAGGAUGUAAAAUAAUAAUAAUAAUAUAAACAUAGGAAGUUGCCUUAUACCGAGUGAGAUCAUUGGUCCAAUUAGCUCAGUAUUGUCUGAUUACCCUGACUGACAGCAGCUCUCCAGGGUUUUUUAGACAGGAACCAUUCCCAGCUCUACCUAGAGAUGCCUGGGAUUGAACCUGGGAUCUGCUGCAUGCAAAGCUUGUGCUCUUCCACUGAGCUGUGGCCCAUCAUCAUAGACCGGGAUCUCUUUAUUCCCACCUAUCCUUUUCACUGCAGCUUCCUUAUGUCCCCCGAAAAGCCCCUCCCAAAGACUGAGGGUCCAUUCCAAAUGGGAAUCAGUGUGGCAUAUGGGAUGCAGCUGGACAAGCAAAUCAGCAGCUUGGGCCCCUCCCCCAUUGUGUGUGCAUGGUAGCACUUUCCACUUAUGUACAGUAUUGAACCAUAGGAUGGUGUGUUACUAAACAGUAUUUUGGUGCUGUUAUACACAGAUAAACUGCUUCUUGGUAGAAGACGGCAUUGCUUUUUAGUUUUUUUUUUAAAUAAAAUGGCUAGACUGCGAGCUAAAAUGUAUGGUCUAGACAGGCCUGCAGGCACAUAAUUGUCUGGGGUACUUACAGUGUCUGUGAGAAGAUCACUCCUGACUCUGGAUUUCCAAACAGGGUCUGCUCCUUUGUCACUUGGGAAUGGCUCUCAUUUCUGCAAUAGCAAGCAAGUGCAAAUGUGUCUUCCCCGUUUAUUUUAUUCACACACACACACUUCUCUGCACUGGCAUACUCAUAUAUAACAAGAAUCUGCAAAAACAAAUUUAUGUUGGGAGUGGAAGAAGGACUGGCAUUAUGGACAACAUUUUUUUAAAAAUAAGCAUGCUUCUUAACCAAAUGCUGCAGUCAAAAUAAUUGGGUUAAACUGACAUUUAGAUAAGCCAUCAAGCUUCAGGCUUAACAAAAAAGGGGCAUGUCUGAACAUUCCUCAGAUGGUGCCAGUGAGCAACUCCAAGGCUGGCAUGCUCAGACUAGAAGUUCAGAGAGCAGUUCCUUGCAUGAGAUUGAUAUAAACGGUUGUACCUGGCUAACACUGACCCACCAUUUCAUAGAAAAAGGUUAGGGCUGCAAUCCUAUACUUAUAUGGGAGCUAGUACUAUUGAACUCAGUGGAGCUUACAUCAAAGAAGGCAUGUGUAAGAUGGCACAGUUGAUCUUGGGUUCCUCCCUCUUGUCACUGAGGUACUACUGAGGCCAUUUUGGAAUAGGGUUGUGAGAUACAAACAUUGCUUUAUUUUGGAACUGUGGCUAACCUUUGGCCCUCAGAUGCUGUUGGACUCCAACUCUCAACAGCUCCAACCAGCGUGACCAAUGGCGGAGGACAGGAGGGUUAUCAUGAAGGGAGUUGUGACUCAGUAAUAUCUGGAGGCCCUCAGGUGCCACAUUCCUGUUUUAGAAAGUGGUUCCUGCUGUCCAAACAUCUCAACUUCAUUAAAAUAUCCUUUGUUCCUAACAGACCCUAAAUCAUGAUGACUAUAUGCUACCUCCAGGAUCAGAGGCCACAUGCAUGCCUCAAAAUACUAGUAGUUAGGGGAAACAGCAGGAGAAGGCCUUUGCCCUCAUGUCUUGCUUCUGGGCUUCCCAGAAUGGCAUUUGAUUGUCCACUGUGGGAAACGGAGGCUGGACUAGAUAGACCUUUGGUCUGAUCCAACAGAGUUCUUCAUAUGUUUAAAAAUGAAUUAUUUUUCUUGGCUAAAUGUUAUUCCAGCACCUGUAACUUGGGCAUGCUUCAGUCUCUUUGCUUUAGUCAGAGACUCCCUUCAGAACAGUAUUUAUUUCUCACAUAAUGAAACAUCAGUCAAGUUGAUUCUGCUCUCUCUUACAUUCAUCUUAAUUUGCAGCAUUUGAUAUAAUCUAGGGUCAGGCCCUUUUUUAAAGCUGAAAAACCAAAUGGAAUGUUGUUGUUUUGUUUUUAUAGCACUAGUUCUCAGGGCAAGUGCUGCAAGAAAUCAAUUCUUAACUAGAAGCCCAAUCAGCAAAGAAGCUCUUUCCAAAUGCUUGCCAUGUUGCUUCGAAGAAAAGCUAACCUUACCGAAGUACAGACAGUGAAACAAGCAUCUAAUGAGCACUUUUGUGUGUCUUUUGUUGUUAGUCCUGGAAAACGUAGGCAUUUCAGAGAGAAGGGUCAUCAGAUGGGUGAGGGGGUUUCUUUUAAUGAUGCAACCCUCUGCAAUAAUUUUUGCAACUUAAUUUUGUUGCAGGAGUUCCAGUCUGGUCUACAUGCAUUUUAAUGGAGGGAACUGAUGUGCAUAUGCAUUUUUUUAUACAUACACAUCAGCUCCUGCCAUUGAAAUGAUUAGCAACCCCAUUUCAUGGGAGCUCCACAUGUGUACAGUAGUUCUGCAAAGAUGAAAUGUAUCUUGCUUUAAUUUAUUCCAGUGCUGGAAAACUAAGUUAGCACUUUAAGUUCUAAUUAAAAAAUGUGUGCAAGCAAUUGUAUGUAUGUAAGAAAAAUGUGCUUGUGAGUCACUAGGCUGAUGUUCUGUCGUCAGUAACUGCAGCCAGUUUUUUUUACUUAGAUGUUCUGAUAAGGUUGUGUGUCUCAUUGGGUUUUUUAAAAUAUGUAUAUAAUGAAUUUUGAAAGUAUGCAGUUCUUUCAAAUCUGCUCCAUGCUUAGUGGAAACCUAAAAACUGUGUAUUGUUCUACUUUAUGUUUUGUGCCUAAAGGUUUUUGUGAAAAAAAGUAUAUUCUUCUACUCUAUUAAGUUUUGUUACACAAAAGGCUGCUAACACAGUAAGAGGCUACCCAUUGGUAUAGUAAUUAAAGAAGAAAAGUUACACUGUUAAAGAUGCUAAUACACAAAUGUAAUCCACUGUAGUUGCUUUUACACUCUUUACAGACUGCUUUUCAGUCAUUUAUGUGAAAAGCUAAUGAUGGAGGUGCUUCCUCUUUAAUUUCUCUGGGAAUGUGGACAGCUUUAUACAGGGUGUUUUUCUCUAUGCAUGCAUGGGAGAUGUGUUACGUGUACAUGUAAAAAUGUAAGGUGUGAAUGUGACAAAUCCAUGUCCGGAAAACACAGAUAUUAUAUAAGCAGAUUCAUCAGGAAGAUGCACUUGAUCACAGCCUUCUCUGAAGUGUAUGCUCAAUGAUAAACUCAGUUUUAUCACGUAAACCACAUUAUCCUGUUUUUUACCUAAAAUUAUUUGUAGAGUGAACAUAGGGGGGGAGGGCCAGAGAGGGACUGCCGGUCUGUGGUAGGGCACAUACUUGGCAUACAAAAGGUCUCAAGUUCAAUCCCCAGUAUCUCAGAUAGUGCAAGGAAAGACUCCUAUCUGAAACCCUGGAGAACUGUUGCCAAUCAGUGUAGACAGUACUGAGCUAGAUGGACCAGUGGCCUGACUUGGUAUAAGGCAGCUUCUUAUGACCCUAGGCCUUGCUCCCAACUAUGUGCAUUCAACAGAUUUGGUGGCUAUGAACAGACAGUGAGUGCAUGCAAAUUCUGUACACAAAAGGUCUUUACAUAAGGGCCACUAAAUGUGCAAACAUUGGGAGCAAGGCCAUUGUGAUCCCAACCCCCUUUGGGUUCAUGCUGUAGGUCAUGUCAUAUGUAAAAGGAAAGUGUAUGAAACAGUCCUCUCAAUGUACGGUACACUCCUGAAGACGCAUGCCUUCAAGAUCCACUUCAUGAAGCAAAAACAGUCCUAUCUUCACUUGUAAUCUCCGAAGCAGUGUUGAUAGCAAAUAUUCUGAGGCUGUGUAUACAUUACUAUCUUAAAAUGCAGUUAGUUUUUUUUCUUUUUUAGUUCGGAUGAAAGCUGGUUUGGGACAAAAUGCAUCAAAACAGUUAUCCAUAAGAAAUGACAGGAUUGAUAUAGACUGUAGCUAACUGCUUCCCAAACUAGUGGUGGCAGUGCACUGGAUGCAGAGUAAACAGGAGCGUGUACACAGCCUGUGAAAUGGGUAAGAAGGUGUCAACAGGCACUAUAAGAAGUUGGUAGAGAAUAGUAACUUUCUUGGAGAAUUAUAGAGGUGCUUAGAAAGUGUGCAGACAAAGUUUGCAGAUGGACGUCAAUGAGGUGGUUUUAGAUUAGCAAAGUUAAGGUACCACAGUGAUUGUCAAGGCUCCUCCACUAACUUUUAUUAUGUAAAUUGUAGGGCUGAAUUGUUGAUCUGUUGUCCUUCUCAGUGCAGCCUCCUCCUUUUGGUUAGUUAGUGUAGAGGUGACAAAUUCACAGUGCAUGCCUUAUGCAAACCAUUUCCUCCUAUUUCUGUAGAUGUAGACAAAUGCCUGAAGGGGACAGGAAGAUGAGAAGAGGUCAAAGUAGGAAGUGCCUGUUUUGGAUUGCUUGGUACAGUGUGCUAGUGUGUUGUAACAGUUACAGUGUUAGGGUAGAACACACUCACUGUUCUGCUAGUUCCAGGGUGUCUCCACCUCUUUCUUCUGAAAACAGGCACACAGCGCUAGCCAAACCCCACCCAUUUUUUACUGUAAAACCUUGUGGGAUCAGCUUGAAUGCUUUUUUAAAUAAUUGAGCUUCAAAGAGAUUUCACAACUGAUUGGCACAUCGACCCAUUGCCCCUCCAGGUGUGGCUAAUAGAAACGCUUUGGGGUGAGCAACUAGUGUGUUCACAGCCUUAGAAUAGGGCUGUGAGCACAUUGGCCACACCUGGAGGGGCAAUGGGUUGAUAUGCCAAUCAGUUGUGAAAUCUUUUUGAAGCUGAUUUUAAAAAAAGAAGCACUCGAGCUGAUCCCACUUUUAUAGUAAAUAACAGUGGGGUUUGACUAGUGUCGCGUGCUCCCAUGUUCAGAAAAGAGAGAUGGAGGCACACUGUAACCAGCAGAACAGUAAAUGUGUCUCUACCGUUAGACCUGGGAGAUCAGGGUUCAAAUCUCCAUGCAGCCAUAAAGUGCACUGGAUGAUCUUGGGCCAGUCACCAACUCUCAGCCUUCCCUACCUCACAGGGUUAUGGUGAGAAUAACACGGGGAAAGGGAAAACCAAGUAUGCCACCUUAAUCUCCUUGGAGGAAAGGUGGGAUAUAAAUGUAUUAACUCAAAAUGUAAUACUAAAAUUUCUCUUUAAGGUGCAAGUCUUCCUGAACACUUGAAAACUAAAAAGUAAAAGAUGAGGCUGCAUAAUCACAAACUAGUCUCUGACGUUUGCCUGAAUUGGAAUGAUGGAAGACAAUCAGAUUAGAUUAAUGACUGUUGCACACGUUGUUGUAACUGCUGUAUGUUUAUCUACAGCUAGUUCCUUCACUGUGAAAAAUGUUCAGUGCACAUUGAUAUGAUUUUUAUCGAGGAGCAGGUACAAAGUCCAACUUUAUGACUAGAUGCUGGUAUUUGCCAUAAAAGCACUGGGUGCAGAUUAAUGACCUAUACAGUACCAUGUAAAUCAUCAUUACAGGAACCCAUAUGUGAAGAUGAUCGCAUGCUGGCUGUUAAAGGCUUUUUAAAGGGGUAGCUUUGUAUUUCGGUGCAAAAGUCAACUAUAACUGAGAGGAAUAAACAUGACACGUAUAGCCAAUUAUUGUCCAGCAUGGAUUUUCUUGUGCAGAUUUCUCUGAGAGGAAAAAAGGGAUAUGGCUCUGACUGGAAUUUAUAUUCACAUGGUUCUGUUAUUAUUUUAAAUC